ACUAAAUAAUAAAAGAUGGGGAGGAAGGGGAUGGGGUAUCUGGCUCUGAGAAGUGAUGACCCCGAAACUAGUGAGUUGAUAGAUUCAGAUAUCAAAGAGCUCAAGAUUGCAGCCAAGAGACUCAUCAGUGAUGCCACCAAGCUUGGUGGUUUGGGUUUUGGGACUGCUUUUCUCAAAUGGGUUGCCUCCCUUGCCGCCAUAUAUUUGUUGAUACUGGACCGGACAAACUGGAGAACAAACAUGCUGACUUCGCUUUUAAUCCCUUACAUUUUCUUCAGUCUUCCUUCAGUGCUGUUCAACCUCCUAAGAGGAGAGGUUGGAAGAUGGAUUGCUUUUGUUGCCGUUGUACUGAGGCUUUUCUUCCCAAGGCAUUUCCCAGAUUGGCUAGAGAUGCCGGGAUCGUUGAUCCUUCUUCUGGUUGUGGCUCCAAACUUGUUUGCGCACACGUUGAAGGACAGCUGGGUUGGCGUCUUGAUCUGUCUUCUCAUCGGUUGCUACCUGCUGCAAGAGCACAUCCGGGCAUCAGGUGGAUUCCGAAAUUCUUUUACACAGAGCCAUGGUAUAUCGAACACGCUCGGAAUCAUCCUUCUCCUGGUCUACCCUGUCUGGGCAUUGGUUCUCCAUUUCAUCUAAGCAUUCUAGUUAACAGCAGUUUCUACCAUUUCUUUGUGUCUCCAACAUUGAAACAAUUUCGAUUUUGUUGUCAAUUGUAUCCGUUGAUCAGGUUUCUGCUUAUUUGUAUACAACACUUUCCUUUUCUUCCAAUAGAUAAAGAAGUUUCUGGAAA